UCUAAAAUACCAAAAUGUCGUUCGAUCAAAAGGAAAUAUUCAAUAUAAUAUAUAAGCUGGCCCGUCUUACCCAGACGGAAAUGCGUGUCGAAUUGGAUGCAAUGGGUGCUGUGAAUGUUCCCUUGGAUCGUUUGUAUGGACGUCAUACAACGCGUGCCCUUAAGAAUUUCACCAUUGGUGGCAUAGAGGAUCGCAUGCCGCGUGCCAUUAUUAUUGCAUUGGGCCUAAUCAAGAAAGCCGCAUCGAUUACUAAUCGAAGCUUCGGAUUGGAGCCCAAUGUAUGCGAUGCCAUUUCGAUUGCGGCUGACGAUGUCAUCUCUGGAAAAUUAUACGAUGAACAUCAUUUUCCAUUGGGCACCUGGCAGGAGGGCGCCGGGGCCCACAGCAAUAUGAAUGUCAACGAGGUGGUCUGUAAUCGGGCCAUUCAGCUAUUGCGCGGUCAGAUCGGUGGCCAUUUUCCAGUGCAUCCCCAGACUCAUGUUAAUUUGGCUCAUAGCCCCCACGAUAGCUUCUCCUCGGCUAUUAACAUUGCUGUGGCCAUGGAGCUGCAGAAGAAGCUAUUUCCAUCCAUUUUGCUGGUGAUCGAUACUCUGACCAAGAAGGAGCAGCUGUGGAGAGAUAUCAUUAAGAUGGGACGCACUCAUCUUAUGGAUGCUGUGCCGCUGACAUUGGGCCAAGAGUUCGGCGGAUAUCGGCAAAUGAUGGACAACUGCUCUACGAGAUUGGGCUCGGCAUUAAAGCACUUGUAUCAGUUGUCCCUUGGAGGCACCUCUGUGGGCACAGGUGCAAACAGUCCCGAUCAGUUCGGAAUCAAAUGUGUCGGCGAAAUAGCGAAGCUCACGAAACUUCCAUUUGUUUGCGCUCCCAAUCUAUUCGAGGCUAUCGGCUCACGUGAUUCCUUGGUCGAGAUCCAUGGCGAACUCAACUCCAUUGCUGUCAGUACCAUGAAGAUCGCCAAUGACAUUAUGUUCAUGGCUUCUGGUCCAAAUUGUGGUUUAGGUGAGAUUGAGCUUCCCAAGAACGAACCAGGAAGUUCGAUAAUGCCUGGCAUGGUAAAUCCUACACAAUGCGAGGCCAUGCUGAUGAUCUGUGCCCAGGUGAUGGGCAACCAGACGGCAGUCACUGUCGGUGGCUACAAUGGACACUUUGAACUCAACUCGUUCAUGCCAGUGAUCGCCUCCAAUGUUCUACGCUCCAUUAACCUCUUGAGUAGUGGCCUCAAGAAUUUCAGCACCAAUUGCCUCGUAGGUAUUGAGCCAAAUAUGAAAAGGCUUGAAAAGACAUUGAACGAAUCCCUGAUGCUCGUGGCCGCAAUAACUAAUCAUAUUGGCUAUGAUAGGGCAGCCGAAAUUGCUAAAGCUGCCAACAUCAAUGGCACCACAGUGAAAAAGGAGGCCAUCAGGGGAGGCAUUGUCAAGGAAGAUAUCGACAUGUGGCUCAAUCCCUCGAAUAUGCUAGGACCCUCUGAAUAAUGUAAUUUACAAAGUUCAUUCAAUAAAGCGAAUGCCAUAUUUAAUGGAGGUCAA